ACUAUUUCGACCCAGUUGUCUUAGCAAUUUUGACAACACUCCAAUCUCAUCAUCAGUAGACAAACGAAGGCACAUUAUUAGCGAUUACAAAGUAUAGAACAUCAAGCACAUAGAGGGAACAGAAUUCAGCAAUCCGCACUAAUUAAUUAACAAACCAUCGUAAUUAAGCUGUAAUUAUUUGUAUAUAUAUAUAUAACGCUGGCAUUCCUCUCCUAAAUCAUCCAUUCAUCACAUAUAUCCUUCAACAGAAACACAGCAAGAUAUGACGUCCCAGGUGGCGGCUAUGAUCCUAAUCCAGCUGGCAGUCCUGGCCGGGGCCAAUGAGGGCUUCCAGACCGGGAGCCCCGUGAUGUACACGGUCACCGACAUGGCCAACAACACAGCAGGUGGGGCACGAUUCGAGAAGCAGAUCGGAGCUCACGUGGCCAAGCUGGCAAUGUACGCGGCCACCCGGUUCACCUGGAUCGUGUUUAACCAAACCGACGACCUAACCGAACGGAAGAACGUAAGCCGGAUCGACCUGUUCAUCAACAACGGCACGGCCGCACUUACCAACGGCACCUCAAUCCACGUGGACGCCAACUACAUCGCCAACUACACGGGCAACCUUCGGAGGCAGUUCAACGGCAUGAUGUACCAGGAAGUGGCCGGGAUCUGGCAGUGGACAGGCAAUGGGCAGGCACCGGAAGGGCUGGUGAGCGGGAUCGCCCAUUUCGUCCGACUCCAGGCCCGUUACGGGACGGUGGAGAAGGUGAGGCCCGGAGAAGGCCACAGGUGGGAUCAGGGGAACGGCGUAACGGCCAGGUUUCUGAUUUAUUGCAAUCAGCUCAACAAGGGAUUUGUAGGGGAGCUUAAUAGGAAGAUGAGGUACGGCUACACCGACGGCUACUUCCUGGACCUGCUCGGGAAGACUAUUGAGCAGUUGUGGAGUAACUACAAGGACAACCACGGCCCGGAUUCGGCACGACAUCAUGCCUGAUCAUCAUUACACGCUACGCUACCUAGCUCAUUUAUUUAUCGUUGACGUUGAGUAUCCCAUUUUGGCCCCUUGGCAAUGUAAGCUGCUGGACUUGUUUUUUUUUUCCCCUUACUCGAUCAAGUACGUACGUACUACAUAUGUACUUACUACCUCAAUUAUUUUCAAUUGUAUUUUGAUUUGAAGAAUUAUCCGGUUCGCAUUACUAAUCGCCAAAAUUCAACCUUUUGAGUACGUACCAGUAAAAUUUCACACCUAGG